AGAGAAGAACCCGGACACCAAAUGAAACGCAUAACCAGGAAGUCGGCUGAAACGCAUGGACCGGAAGUGGAUUAAUUACCUAGAUUUUGUUUAGGGGUGGGGUGAUGAUACUUUUCCGGUUCCCAGACAGCUGCACUUGGAUAAGGAUUGUUGUGUUAGAACGAGGAUAAAGCCAGGUAGACACAAUGCCAAGCUGUAUCAUUCGCUCGUGUCCGUACCGAACCGGAAUUAAAACCUUGCAUCCGGACAUUAUAUUGCAUGUGUUUCCCAAAGAUAAGCAUCGCAUAAAGAUAUGGCUCGAGAGGACCGGACACGUCUUCAAGGACAUCGAUGCCUUUGCCGAGAGAGUGUUUGAGACGAAGAAGAACGAUAACUACCGCCUUUGUUCUGCACACUUUACAGAGGACUGCUAUGUGCACGCCGGGAGAACCAAGGUGCUGAAAGCAAAUGCCGUGCCCAGCAUCUUCCCUCCAGGUGACAAGCUGAUCGAGGAAACGUUUCGCCAGCGCGCCAGCCGAAAGACACGAAUGAAUCGCAUACUGAAUAGCCUGAAUGCUUCUAAAUUAUGUGUCACUGGAACUCCAGCUAUAAAUGUGCUUAGCACAGUAAAGAAUCCAUCUACGAUAAGAACCGAUGUUGGAACGCAGACGGAGACCUUUCGCUCUACCGGUCAUCAAGGUGUUCAAGUGCCAGAGUUUGCUUUCCAAGAGGCCGGGAUAGUGCAACAAGACUUUGCGUAUGGUUCCUCCGAGCAUCUCUUGCAGCAGCCGGUGACGUCAGGUGACGGUGAUAUCUGCCGGCAGGGGAGAGAGUUUUGGACUGAUUACCCCUCUGAUUUGCUGAGGAUGGACAAGGACGGGAGUCACAUGACUGAGAGGAUAUUAUGUCUCACCCUGGAGAUCAUCUACCUGCUGACCGGACAGGAUUACACAGCGUCACAGUUGAUGUCUGGUGACUGUCUCAGAUGCAGCAAUAUCUCAGGAGGACUGAGCAGGACCCAGAACUUCAUUACUGAGCCUCCACCUCACUCACUGAUACAUGAGAGAGACAAUGACCAUAAGAUCCUGGAACUCACCAACAAGAUCAUUCAUCUGCUGACUGGAGAGGUUCCUGUAAGGUGUCAGGAUGUCGCUGUCUAUCUCUCCAUGGAGGAGUGGGAGUAUAUAGAGGAGCACAAGGAUCUAUACAAGGACGUCAUUAUGGAGAGUCACCGUCCCUUCACAUCACCAGAUUUAUCUAAAUACACUGCAACUCAUUCUCCAUCAACUCAUAUUAAGAAGGAGUCUGUCUCUUAUGAAGAAGGAAACUUACAACACACUGACCUUUAUACUCCCACAGAUCAUACACAGUAUACAGCUACUCUUAUUAAGCAGGAACCAGUCUCAUGUGACGGAGGAAAUCUCCCACAGACUGAUAUAUAUAUCCCCACAGAUCAUAUCCAAUAUGCCGCUCCUCCUUUUAAUGCAGAAUUUCUCUCACGUGAAGAAGGAAACCUCACAUACACUGACACCUCUGUACAUACAGAAACCUGUGCUCCUCCAGAUCUCACGGUGAAUAAAAGUAACUGCAAUGGAGAAACAAAUGUUAACUCCACAAUAACAAACACAAUGGAAACGUCCAUAACAUCCAGUUGUCAAAAAUGGUUUAUCAGUAACUCUGGUUUUCAAAAUCAUGAGGGAGAUCAUAUGCUGAAUCAAUAUUUUGUCUGUUCUGUAUGUGGGAUGGCCUUCACUGUAAAAUCGCAGUUUGUCAUACACCAGGGGACUCACACAGGAGAGGAACCACUUUCUUGCUCCAAGCGCGGCAAAUGUUUUGGUACUACGUCAAAUCGAGUUAAACUUCAGAGAACUCGUGCUGUGGAGAGCCCAUAUUCUUGCACUGAAUGUGGGAAAUGGUUUCCUCAGAAAUCCAAUCUUUGCAGACAUCAGAGAACUCACAAAGGAGAUUAUCCUUAUUCUUGCACCCAGUGUGGGGAAUGUUUUACUAAGAAAUCCCAUUUUCCCCUUCAUCAGAGAACUCACACUGGGGAGAAUCCAUAUUGCUGCACUCAGUGUGGGAAAUGUUUUACUAAGAAAUCACACCUUUCCGGACAUCACAGGACUCAUACUGCGGAGAAGCCACUCUGUUGUUCUGAAUGUGACAAAGGCUUUGCCAAUAAAUCAGAACUUGCAGAACAUCAGAUAAUUCACAUUGCAGCAACACCACAACCCUUGAAUGAGCCUUCAAAGUGUGAAAGGCUUUACUGAGAAAUCACAUCUUGCUACACAUGUGAGAGAACCCCUGUACUUUCUCCGCAUGAUAGAAUUCAUAUUAAAAUGCCAUUCUUGCUCUGAAUGUGAGAAGGGUAAUAUCCGGAAAUCCAAUGUAUAUACACCAUACAGUCCUAUUUUUGAGACUGCAUAUAGGGAAUUUUUUAAUGUAUUUAUUUUAGCUAUCAUAUAAUUAAUGGAGGAAUAAAACCAUGUGCUGACUGAAUAUUGGAAUAUUUUGCUAUUUUUAUUAAGUAAUAGUAGUUCUCGAUCUGGCAUCUGCAGGGUCAACCUCACCCAGCUGCCAUCCCUGUCUCACACGCCUCUUCCUAGCAUGCUCUAUGCCUCCUUCCUCCCACUCCCUGCCCUGACCCACUGACACUUUGCCCUCUCUCCGCCCCCUGCCCUCUCUCUCCCAAUCUCUGCCCCCUCCCUCCUGCUUUCUCCCUUUUGCUUUUGGUCCUACUCCCAUUCCAUUACUAAUAUUUACCUUCCUCCAAUCCCAGUCAUCUUGGCGAGCCAUGCCCAUCAGGUGUGACAUUGCAUGAACCACAACCGCAAUUAGGUCAUUGCGCAAACGUGUGUGAUGACCUAAUUUAAAUCAGGCUAUUUUAAAAUAAUAGUUUGCCGGGUUCACUUGACCAAGAAAGCAUUUUAUUGCUUUGAGUGUGGAAAAUGUUUUUAGUCUUCCGAAUGCAAUAGUUUGGCCUUCCGUGCCACAUGGUGGUCUACAAAAGCACCCUUUGAAGGAGAAAAUAAUUUUAGAGCACAGGUUCUCAAACUCAGUCCUCAGGACCCCACACAGUGCAUUUUUCCAGGUCUCCUCACAGAAUCACAAGAGAGAUAAUUAUCUCCACCUGUGGACCUUUUAAAAUGUGUCAGUGAGUAAGGAGUACACCUGUGCACCUGCUGGGUUACCUGCAAAACAUGCACUGUGUGGGGUAAUGAGGACCGAGUUUGAGAACCACUGUCUUUGAAAAUAAAAAAAUUAUUCUGUAGCUGUGAGUUUAUUUCUAUUGGUUGAAUACGAUAUCCAUGCAGGGAAUAUUUGAGUAGUUGGUUGUUACUACUGAGUCGCCUUUCUUUGUAGUAGUUUAUUCUUUAAGCAAUAGGGAGCACAUUUACUAAUACAGAAGUGUUAUUCUUUAGAAUGUAUGGUUUCUGUAGAUAUGUAUUUAUAAUAUUAAAUUAAUAAUAUGUUUAUUUCA